AUGGGUUUCAACGGGCGGUGGUUCAGGAAUAAAAUCCCGUGCGAUAUUCGCAUAAGCUUUGUGGCCAUCCACCAGCUGGCUUCUCUUCGAGAUACUCCUAGGCCGCAGAGAGGUAUGGUGUGUUUUAUUUUCCCUCGAGACACAAGCAUGACCCACAAAGCCUUGAAACUGGACAUUAAAAAGCUGGAAAAGCCCAGGCGGUAUCAUGAACUACACCAAUCCGACUUCUACCACCCAGAUCUAGACCCAGAAAUUGUUUUUAGGCAUGACAGGCGAAUAUUUACCGCAUACCGGGACGAGGAAAUCUCGAUCUCGGCCCCUGUCCGUUGA